UUUUUUUUUAUUCUACUCCUCCUUCUGGGAGCAAGACAGUGGGAUUCCUGAUUAACACGACCUAACGGCUCCUUUCUUCUUUUCCCAAUGACAAGCUCAUCUCCACGCUCCUUCACCUUCUCUGCCUCAAGUGGCACUCCUACUCCUACCACCCCAACCUUUGACAUCUAUUCAUACUCUAAUGCUACAUCCUUUUAUGAGAUCCUACGUCAGUGGGACGAUGAAGGCAUUGCUUUAUGGCUUCAUGACAACAAGAUGAGCCACUAUGACCGUCUGUUUGUUGAGCACUGCGUCCGAGGGGCAGCACUAUUAGAACUCGAUCAUUAUGCACUCAAGGAGAUGGGUAUCACGUCACUUGCUGACAGGAUUAGGAUACUCACCGCUGUCAAAUCUCUGCGUAUCCGCUGCCUCACCACCCAUCCUCAGUCUAACGGUAGUUUUAAUAGCAACACUAACGGCAACGGCUUCCUUCAUACUUCAAAUAAGGAAAAGUUGGAGGUGCCUUCCAUGAACAAGAAAGAGUCGUUGGGACUAGGUCUUGGUGGCGAUGGGUCUCUUCUAAAAUCCUUAAAGAGGUCUGGCUCUUCCAAGACCCUAAACCUAAAGCGUGCCAACUCAAAAAAUCUCGGCCGCUCCAACUCAAAGAAGCAGACCCAUUUUGAAGAGCCUACCUCACCCAGGACGCCUAGAUCUUCACAUGAAGGAGGCAUUAUGUCGCUAGAGGUCGUUAAACAUCGAUGCAUCAGAGUAUUUGACGAUGGAGGCCAAUCCAGGAUUGUAAAUGUGCAAGAUGUCACCGAUGCUCAGGCUGUUUAUACCCGUGUUUUGCAUAAAUUCAAUAUUACCGAUGAGAUGGAAAAGUAUUCCAUUUUUACUCUGUCAGGCGACACAGGCGAUGCUCGAAGUCUUGCCGAUGAUGAGUUAUUAAACAUCUGCAGAAGCCUUGAUCGCCCCGAGAAAGAAAGACUCAUUCUGCGUAAGAAGCAUCAGCCCGUCAGUCACGACAUCCUUAAGAGGCGAGGAACUACCAAAAGAACUGGGAUGGGUCCAACAGGAGACCAAUCCUCUCCGACCGCAAACUCUUUCAAAGAAUCGACUCGUAUGCAGACAUUCUUUGGCCAGCGUCCGCCAGACGAGAUUAUUGAGAGCAAUUUAGCUGAAUAUUUUCCAGGUCAUCGCAAGGAACUCUUACGUGAAGUCAGCAAUGUACGCAGCUCGCUUCUUUUCAGGAACUCUCAAUUUAUGAGUCGCAACUCCUAUAUAAGCCGCAACUCCUUUAUACCCCGUCAUUCAUAUUUGAUUGAACCUGGUGCAGCCGAUGUACUCUCUCAGUCUCUUGCACAUCUAUCUCUUCAGGAGGCUGACGAAGCAGCUGAAGCUGAAGCAUCAUCAACUGCUGUCAGUGCAAGACCAACGCACGGCAUCCAGGAGCAUGAGGCAAGACAGGAGAAUUCAGCAGAGUCCAGACACGACUCUACCUUCAAAGAUGUCUCAAAAACAGGAGAUCAAUAUGAUCAGGGUGAUAAAGUACAAGUGGAAGAAAAGCAAAACCACGAAGAUGAUGAGGCAAUUGGCGAUGAUCAGGAUCCACAGGGCACAGUGAUCCCAGGCGUGGUCGUCUCAGAACACUCGAGCGAAACGGAUCUCGCCUCCAAGCAAAUCGCAGAGGCGCGUAUGUCGCGUGUCUCUCUCGCUAGCCAGCGAUAUCACAAUUCCACAAUGUCUGAAAUUGUGGCUAGACCACGACAACCAAAUCCUUUCGGUCCAAAACAGCGGGGAGCAUCAGAGGGGGGCUUACCAAGAGACGCCGGACUUAUUCCUUUAGAGAACGACUACUCAUGGUGGAUUCGCGGAAAGUUUAUUGGCGUUGGAUCCUUCGGACGUGUCUCAUUAGGCUGGCAUCGACAACUAGGCACCUUUAUGGCAGUGAAGCAGGUCGAAUUACCUGUCAACAAUUCAGUCAAGGAGGAUAAGCAAAAGACGCUGGUCGAAGCUCUAGAGCGUGAGAUCGAUCUACUCAAGGAAUUACAUCAUGAACGAAUUGUGCAGUAUAUUGGCUCAGACAUUGAAAAGGGCCACAUCAAUAUUUUCUUAGAAUAUGUUCCUGGUGGUUCUAUUGCGACAUUAUUAGCGAACUAUGGUCCAUUCUCUGAAAUCCUGGUACGGUCGUUUGUAAAACAGAUCUUGGAGGGAUUAGACUAUCUUCAUGAGUGUGACAUUAUUCAUCGCGACAUCAAGGGAGCCAACAUUUUAGUUGAUAACAAAGCUUGUAUAAAGAUCUCGGACUUUGGAAUCUCCAAGAAAGUCGAAGAUCAUCUUAAAUCCAUCAAUGUCAAGUCUUCUCGACCAUCUCUUCAGGGUUCUACCUUCUGGAUGGCGCCUGAAGUUGUAAAGCAGAUUGAGACCACUUACAAGGCCGAUAUCUGGAGCUUGGGUUGUUUAGUUGUAGAGAUGUUUACUGGUACCCAUCCAUUCCCACAGUUUUCACAGAUGCAAGCGCUCUUUCAGAUUGGCUCCAACUGCACUCCUGAUAUUCCGGAGGAUAUUUCAGAUGAUGCAAAAGACUUCUUAUCAAGGACUUUUGAAGUGGAUUACCAUGUUCGGCCGUCUGCACAGAUCCUCUUGGGGCACUUAUUCAUCCAGCAGUUGUAAUUUUAGACACAAAAUAAAGAUCUCGUGGGCGUUGCUUUAGGC